AUGGCUGAAGAAGAACAAGAUGGGAGGAGAGUGGGGAAUCAUAAUAGGACUCUUAAAGAUGAUUUGCAACCUGCUAGGACUAGCUCACCCUCAUGCAUUAUACAAUCUCUUAAUGCAAAUAAUUUCAAUUUUAAACCUGGCAUGAUACCCCUUAUACCUCAUUUCCAUGGGAUGCAGUCUGAGAACCCGUAUUUGCACAUCAAAGAAUUUGAGGAAGUUUGUUCAACUUUUAUGGAUCAAACUUGUGCUGAAGAAGUGAUCAGACUCAAGUUAUUUCAUUUUUCAUUAAAAGACAAAGCCAAGACCUGGCUGAAUUCUUUGAGGCCUAGAUCCAUAGGAACAUGGCAAGAGAUGCAGACUGAGUUUCUAAAAAAGUUCUUUCCUAUGCACAGAACCAAUGCACUAAAGAGGCAGAUCAUGAAUUUUGCCCAAAAAGACACUGAAACCUUUUAUCAGUGCUGGGGGAGGUUCAAGGAUUUACUCAAUGCUUGUCCUCAUCAUACGUAUGAAAAUUGGAGGAUAAUAAGUUUUUUCUAUGAGGGUUUACAACCUAAGAUGAGACAAUUCGUGGAGACAAUGUACAAUGGAGAGUUCUUUAAUAAAGAACCAGAAGAGGCCUUUGAGUAUUUUGAUUACCUAUCAGAGAAUGCUCAGUCAUGGGAUGUUUCAGAUGCAUAUGAUAGAACUGAACCUUUAAAAAUAACUGGAGGGGGGAAAUACAACUUGAGAGAGGUGGAUGAUUUGCAUGCUAGAGUGUCUAUGCUUUCUAAGAAAUUGGAAACCAUAGAUACAAACAAAGUAAAUGAAGUUCAAGUUAUUCAGAAAAUUCCAAAAAAAUGCAAUAUCUGUGAAGAAAUAGGGCAUGUCACUAGUGACUGCCCUACAAUUCCAGCUUUUAAGGAAGUCCUUCUAGAUCAAUCUAACUCUGUUAAUUUUAUCUCCAAAUCUUUUCCAGCAUCAUUGGGGCCACCUCAAUAUCCUGCUGCAUCACAUUUUGGUCAGAGGAGAAACCUUGAGGAAACUGUCCAGCAAAUGGGAAGAACCCUCCAGCAGUUCAUGCAAGGGCAAGCAGCAAUAAAUACACAAAAUGCUCAAACCUUUAAUGACAUCAGAAGGACCUUGACCAAGAUUUCUGCAACCUUGAGCAUCUAG